AUGUCUCUUCCCAAACAGGGCACACCUGGACUGUCCUCAUGGCCUUCUGCACAGUGGAAUACUUCAAAAUGGCUCUGCGUUAUAGUUUACAUGACCAUGUUACUACAGACUCAAGCUCAACUUUAUAAUCAUCAUUGGGAUAAAGCUCCGAAGUGGGGCUGGCCGAGGUUUACCUAUUGGAAGGAUAGGCCUACAUAUCAAGUUCGUUUUAGUGACAGAAUUUCACUUGUCAUUCUUAAUAAACCGAACAAAGUUAUAAAUCAAAAGUAUACGGUUAUUGCGCCGUCAGUUCUUAUUGAUUGGAGUCGAGUACUUACGUGUUACAACCCUUUCCGAGAGAUAUUGCGUACCCCCGCUCUGGCAAAUGAAUUGGUUGUAGCCUUCGCACAAAGUUAUACUCUGAGACAUGUCGUAGGGGUGCACAUAGCUAAAAUCUCAUGCGCACGUCAAGUAGUAUACUUGCCAGAUGAUAAGGUCAAACACUGGCAUGGACUCGAUCGAAGAAAUUCCCCUAUACACGACUUGCUUAUAAUGAGAGUAGAAGAAGAAUUUCCGUACCCUAAUUUCUCAACAUAUUAUGAGUAUAGUAAGGAUAUUGACUAUAAAGGCUACGGUUAUAUUGGUCCCCUCUGGACAUUUCUCGCUAGGCCUACUGAUAAGCCAAGUGGAGUAUAUAUUUAUUCCUUAGGUUUCAGUAAAGAGGAAAUGAGAAACUAUUCAAAAAUUCAUGAGCUUUAUUUGGAACAUAUUGUGGACUGUCGGGAGUAUAUACCACAAGAAUGGGGAUAUUUUAUCUGCGUAAAAAAUGCAUGGAACUACUACGGAGUGGCGGAUGGCUCCAUGUUAUAUUCUAGAAAUAGAUUAUACGGAGUUGCCGCCUUUUCCUUGUGGAGAAAUAAGACGUCUCUUUAUGUAUUUACGGACGUAAGAGUGUAUCAAGAACUUACGAAUUAUACGUGUUCGGAAGAAGAGUUUUUUUUCCCGUGGUAG